AUGUCUGACUUCGAGGAGCAGGCUUGGGGCGCUGACAGCACAGCACCGGCAGUGGGAGAUCUGGUCAAGGACGCCCUCAAGAAAGAGAAACUGCUCAAAGAGAUAGAGGCGUCGCAACAGGACUUGCGCACGAUCUUGGGAAGGGUUGAGACAGUUCAGAAAGAGGUCCAGAAGCUGACCUCGGACAAUGAGACCCUCCAGAUGUACAUAGAUAAUCUCACUGUUCAAAUGGCCAAACGACGAUGA